CGGGCCGGUGACGCGGCCCCGGAAGGCGCUGCCGUCACUUCCCCGGCCGCCAUCUUGUCGGGGCUGAGGCAGCGCCCGCCGGCCCCGCUCCGUGUGCGCGGCCCGCCCGCCCCAGCCCGCCCCGCCAUGGCCAACAACAGCCCCGCGGUCGCCAACUGCCAGGGGCAGCAGGCGGCCCAGCACCCGCCCGGCGCCGUCCCGCCCGCGCAGCAGCCGCUGCAGGGCGGGGGCCCCAAGCCGGCGGCCUCGGGCAAGCCGGGCAACGUGCUGCCGCUGUGGGGCAACGAGAAGACCAUGAACCUGAACCCCAUGAUUCUCACCAACAUCCUCUCGUCGCCCUACUUCAAGGUGCAGCUCUACGAGCUCAAGACCUACCACGAAGUUGUGGACGAGAUCUAUUUCAAGGAUUGAAUCAGUUUUGCAGCGAGGCUUCCAUCAAGCCAGUCUCCCAGGUAGAGGUAUGCAUAAUUAAUGCUCAUCAACACAGCCACUUUCUUUGUUCUGAUAACGAGACCAAAAUUUAGAUAACUUAAGAUUGAAUAAUUCAGCUAUCUUUAGCCAUCUGUACUUUGGUGGUUAUUCGGAUAUUUUUCUCAGGUGAAUUCAUUUUGCUUGAUAAUGUUACCGUGUCAGCAGGUUUCAGUGUAUUUGAAAUAAAAAAAAAAAGUAAUGGUAGCCUUUUUGUUUCGUUUGACCAAGGCAAGUCAAGUUACUUAGGGCACUGUAAUUACAAAAAGUAACUCCGCCGCAGUAUUUUUGAGAUUUUUGGCAGUUUGGGCUUAUCUUCGCUACUGUUUUUUUCACUUAAUGAUAGCCCUUGUCUGCCUGUUCUCUGUCAUUUGAAGCUGAUUAUUUAUUUCUCCUAGUACUUAGAGUAACAGAGAUUGUUGGCAAAGCAUCUCUCCCGUUGCUGCAUGUGAGAGAGACUGACUAUCUGAAUGGAAAGUAGCAGACUUUAUUUAUGCAAGUGAUGGCUAGAGCUGGAAAAUUUAUAAAAGAAACAUAUUUCCAGAAAAUCUGAGAGCAUACUCAUUUUAAGUGGACCUUUUCAGAUGUAGUAAAAAAUAUUUGAUGGGCUCUAUUGUCUUUGUAUUAGUAGAGCUCAGCUGCAGCAUGUCAGAUAUUUGUGUUACUCGUCUUACUGUUUCAUUUCACAAGUGGCCUAAUGUUAAAUUGGAGGAAAAUUUUGUCAUGCCAUUAAAAAUCUGAUUUUUAAUCCUGUGCAAAUAAAGUUUGCUUACUGAACUUGUCAGUUACUCUGACUCAAAACUACAGGCUAGAUAAAGAGAAAACUCAGUCUCUUACUCACUCGUGAGUAAUGGGUGUGGGGGAGAUGGUUAAGGUGUUUCAUUGAUAUUAAGAAGAUUUGAAUUUUCUUCAUGUUUUAAGAUUUCUGAAUGA